UUAAUUGAGGAUUUGAACUUAAAUAUGAAGUUAUUUAUUAUUUUCGUUGCAUUUGCUAUUGCAUCUGCGUAUGGAAAGCCUCAAUAUGAUGGAUAUCCAGUAAACGGGGCUGCCUCGGACAACAACUACCUCUACAAAUAUAUGGUAAAACAAGAGCCAGUAGGUCCCAAUUUUGGGCAACGCGAGUCGCGAAUCGGCAAUCGUGUGGUUGGCAUGUACUAUGUGUUGCUGCCUGAUGGACGAAUACAGAAGGUGGACUAUGUAGCUGAUGAAAACGGCUACAGGCCUACAGUUUCCUAUCUACUACCCAACUAGAAUCCAUCAUUAUUGAUCUAGCAAAUUUCAAGAGAACUAUGUUAAUUAUAAUUUAUUUAGAAGAUAUUUUGUUGUUAACUUACGAUAUAUUUAUAAAUGAUUUAAUAGAGAUACCACUAUUACCUAAUUUUUGGCCUUUUUCAGUGUUCUUAUUGUAAC